AUGAAGACCUUAGUUCCCAAGGCUCUCCUCCUGCUGCUCCUGGCCAACCUGACCCUGACCAGGCAUCCAGAGGGUUCACACUCCAUGCGCCUUUUGCACACUCUCCUCACCUCGCCUGACUUGCUGGAGCCCCAAUUCAUCUAUGGUAUCUAUUUGGAUGACAUUCAUGUUUCGAGAUACAACAGCAGAGAAGAGCCUCCAAGGAUGGAGCACUGUGCACCAUGGGUGGAUCAGCAGGAGCCAGAGUACUGGGAGAUGAUGACCCAGGACAUGCUGAGAGUAAUAGACAUCUACGACAACAUACUGAAGGAAAUGCUUCACAUCUAUAAUCAAAGUGAAGUUGGAAAUCACACACUGCAGAUCCUGAUGGCCUGCCAUAUGUUGCCUGGAGGGAACUUCAGUCAUGGACAAUAUGAAUUACUCUUCAAUGGCCAUGAUUACAUUGCACUGAAUGAGGACCUGAGAACUUGGACUGCAGUUGGCAAGGCAGCAGAAAUGCUGAGGCAAAAUUGGGAGGAGUCAGGUAUGGCACAAUCUUCGAAGACUUUCAUAGAGGGUGAAUGUAUGCAGUUGAUCCUCGAAAAGUUGGACCAUGGGAAGGAGAUUUUGCUGAGAACAGAUACCCCUAAAAUUCAUGUGACCCGUAAGGUCAGAGCUGAUGGGGAAAUCACUCUAAGGUGUUGGGCCCUGGACUUCUACCCUGCUGAAAUCACCCUGACCUGGCAGAGAGAUAGGAGCAACCAAACUCUGGACUUGGAUGUGAUAGAGACCAGGCCUGCAGGAGAUGGAACCUUCCAGAAGUGGGCAGCUGUGGUGGUGCCUUCUGGGGAGGAGCAGAGAUACACAUGUCAUGUGGAUCAUGAGGGCCUGCCUGAGCCCAUCACCCUGAGAUGGGAGCCUCCUCAGCCCUCUGUCCCCAACAUGCCAAUUGUUACUGGCCUGGUUCUUGGAGCUCUGCUUAUGGGAGCCGUGGUGACUUUUUUAAUAUGGAAGAAGAGGACUAAAGGUAAGGAAAGGGCAGGGUCUGAGUCAAGUCUCCAUGGGAAUAUCAAGCCCAGCUGA